AUGCUCACCGACAUCAAACUCGUCUCCGCCAUUAUAGGCUGGGCAUACACACUAUGCUGGGGAGUCUCGUUUUACCCUCUCUUAUUGAGCAACAUACGUCGUCGGUCCACCGAGGGUGUCUCAAUCGACUUUUGCCUCUUGAACAUGCUUGGCAUGGCCGCGUACGCUACCUACAACGUCGUCUUCUUCUUCUCGCCCGUCGUGCGACGACAGUACGCGGAGCGCAACCCAGAGAAUCCAACACCGAUGGUGCAGCCAAACGACGUUGCGUACACGCUGCACGGAUUGGCCAUCUCCAGCACCAUCUAUUCUCAGUUUUACCCACGCCUCUGGGGCUUCUACACCACGCGGCCCGUGAAGAUUAGUCUGUGGUGCAGCAUGACCUUUUGGGCUUGCAUCUUGGCCGCCUUGUUGGGUACUGUAGCGGCGAGCGCUUUCCCGGACUCGCAAAGUUGGAUGUGGCUGGAUGUGGUAUACCUUGUGGGAAACUUCAAGACGCUGCUCACACUGCUCAAAUAUCUGCCGCAAGUAUGGCUCAACUACAGACGCAAGUCGACGCAGGGACUUCCGCCCCUGCCCUUUGCACUCGACAUUGGCGGCGCCACGCUCUCGCUGCUGCAGCUCCUUAUUGACGUAGCGUACAGCGACCAGUCAGCGGCGUUGGCAAAUCCGGUGAAGCUCGUGCUUUCCAACUUGUUGAUAUUCUUCGACGCUGUGCUCCUUUUUCAGCGUUUCGUGCUUUACAGAGAUGCACUUGAUGAGCUGGAUCCGAAACGAGUGGCGGAGAGACGACAGCUUCUCGAGUCCGAGGAUGAUGAGACUCAUGUUGAUGAUCGGGCUCAUUGA